UUAAAAUGCACACAUAUUAAUUGAUUGGAAGAGAUUUCAUGCGUGUUCCUGUCUGGCUCCCGCAUGCCAGAGACUGUCAAAUAAAAAAGAAAACUUCCCCUUACUUGUAUGGGUGCAAAGGUCAUUAUUUGAAAAUGAAAAUGACACCUGGUAAGCUUUUUUCCGUGAAUGUACACAAAAAUUCAGAUGUGUCACACCUCAGACAAACCUGUUUUGCACGUCUAUCAAGUACAGAACCAUAAAACUAUUUCACCUGUUCAGUUCAUAGAAAACGAAACUUAAUUGUUCUUGAGUUGUUUUGAGUUGUCUCUCUCUGUCUGUGUGUACACACUGUUAAAUGGCAGAAGGCGGCUUUUCUCAGGACCAGUUCAGCUGUCCAGUGUGUUUGGAUCUACUGAAGGAUCCAGUGACCAUUCCAUGUGGACACAGUUACUGUAUGAGCUGUAUUACACGCUGCUGGAAUCGGGAGGAUCAGACGGGAGUCUACAGCUGCCCUCAGUGCAGACACACAUUCACUUCAAGACCAGCUUUAUGUAAGAAUGUGAUGUUUGCUGAACUGGUUGAGAACCUGAGGAAGACAACACUUAAGGCUGCCCGUCCUGUUCACUGUUACGGUGAACCUUUAGAUGUGGAGUGUGACGUCUGUACUGGGAGAAAAUACAGAGCUGUCAAGUCCUGUCUGGAGUGUCUGAACUCAUACUGUCAAAAUCACCUUGAACAACACGAGAAUCUCUUUAAAGCCCGGAGACACAAUCUAAUGAAUCCUUCCAGACGACCCAAUGAGAUGAUCUGCCUAAAACAUAGAAAAGAUCUGGAAGUCUACUGUCGCACCGACCAGCAGUGCAUUUGUUGUGUGUGUAUGAUGGAUGAACAUAAACAUCAUGACACUAUAGCUGCUGCAGCUGAGAGGAUGGAGAAACAGAGAUGCUUAGGAGAGUUGCAAAGAAAAUUCCAGCAAAGAAUUCAAGAGAAAGAGGGUGAGCUUCAUGAGCUGAAAAAGGCCGUGGAGUCUCAUAAGCGCUCUGCACAGACAGCAGUGAAGGACAGCGAGAGGAUCUUCACUGAGCUGAUUCGCUCCAUUGAGAGACGUCGCUCUGAGGUGACACAGCUGAUCAGAGAUCAGGAAAAGGCUGCAGUGACUCGAGCUGAAGGAUUCUUAAAGCAACUGGAGCAGGAGAUUGUUGAUCUGAGGAGGAGAAAAGCUGAACUGCAACAGCUUUCACUCACAGCCAAUCACAUCCAUUUCCUGCAGAGUUUCCAGUCUCUCUCUGCAGCUCUUGAAUCUCCAGUCUCACACAACAUCACUGUCAGUCCUCUGCCCUCUUUUGAUGAUGUGAGAAAAUCUGUCUCUCAACUGAAAGAAAAACUGGAGGACUUCUGUAGAGAGGAGAUAGAAAUGUUGUCAGAAAGAGAUACAUAUAUCACAAGUAUUCGCAAUGAACCCAAGACCAGGAAGGACUUCUUGCAAUAUUCCAGUCAGUUCACACUGGAUUCAAGCACGGUGAAUAAACACCUCCGUUUGUCUGAUGGAAACAGAACGGCUACUUACACUGAUACAGAACAGCAGUAUGCUGGUCAUCCAGAUAGAUUUGAUUACUGGUUACAGGUGUUGUGUAAAGAGAGUGUCAGUGGACGCUGUUACUGGGAGGUUGAGUGGAGUGGAAAUGAUGGGGUGCAUAUGUCAGUGUCAUAUAAAAGCAUCAGCAGGAAGGGGAAUGGUUAUGAGUGUGUGUUUGGAUGCAAUAAUCAGUCCUGGAGUUUGCUUUGCUCUCCCUAUAAAUACUCAUUAGAGCACAAUAGUAAAACGACUGAUCACCCUGUGUCCUCCAGCAGCUCUAGAAUAGGAGUGUAUGUGGAUCACAGAGCAGGAACUCUGUCCUUCUACAGCGUCUCUGACACAAUGACUCUCAUCCACAGAGUCCAGACCACAUUCACUCAACCUCUCUAUCCUGGGUUUUAUGUUGUUAAAGGAUGCAUGGUGAAACUGUGUCACCUGAUAAAAUAGAUCAUAGAGAUAUUCUGUGAAUAAUAGUGAAUUCGGUGUUAGAGAAAUAUGCUAUAUAUUACAAUCUGAAACUGAAGAAACAUGAGUUUUUAAAAUCAGUAAUGUCAGAUUUACUUGAUGUUUUCACUUAUUCAAAAAGACUUGUUUUACUUGGACUUGAUGUUUAAAUGAAAUAUUAUAUAUGUUUUUAUUGUUUUGUUAUUGUUAUUUUAUUGUUUAAUCUCAGCUCUGUCAGCUAGCUUUACAAACAUGAAGUGUGACUGAUUUAUGGCAAAAAAUUUAAACCACCAAAUAUGGAGAUACGAGGUUAGAACGACAUCUGCAUUACUAUAUAACCCAACGGUUGGUUCUGUCCAUAUUUUAUCCAACCAUCCAUGAAAACAACACAGCAUUUUUUAGCAUUGCGUUACAGUUUAAAGGACUGUAUGCUAAUAUUUAGUAUCACUAACGUUUUGGGUACAGAGAGUUUGUUUUUGAGGGGUUUUGUUGUUUGUUUUGAGGAGCGUGCAGGAUUAUUACAGUAUAUGCACAAUAUUAUCAUCAUUGUUAUCAUUAUUGUUUUUGGAAGCUCCAAGCCAUGGGAACAUCAUCAUCAUGGCAUCAAGAUAUAUUCUCAAAGAAACCAUUGACAAUUAUUUGUGUUUAUUGGGUAAAUUGUGUCUGAAAUAUUUUGUUUAUCAAUCUGUUUUUGUAAUGUAUUGCCUUAUAUGAUUCGUUGAUAAAUGGUUAAAAACUGCACUGUUUGAAUUGUAAGUUAGUUAUUUGUAGAAGACUAAACAGGUGUAGCAUUUUGCUCAUCUUGUGCCUUUUGGAUAACGAUUUUACUACCAAAUCUGUUAACGUU